AUGACAAACUCGCAACAACAAAAAAAUGAUUCUGCACCUUUUAACACAACCCAAGAGCAUCCAAUAAAAAAUAAUAGAGCUUAUUCGGCACGAACAAUAAUGUUAGUUGGUAGGGCCGGUAGUGGAAAGUCUGCGAUAGCUGGUACUGAUUAUUUUAGUGAAGGUUCAGGUUGUACUAGUGAAACUAAAAAUUAUCAAACUAAUAGUUAUUUAAUUGACGAUAAUUUAUAUAGAAUAAUUGACACAGUAGGAAUUGGAGAUACAGAAUUGACAGAAAAGCAAGUAGCAGAUGCCACUGAUUCUAUUAAAGAUGGAUUACAUCAAAUCCUAUUUGUUAUAAAUGGACGCUUCACAGAAGCAGAGAUCCGCGCUUAUGGUUUAUUAAGAGAACUUUUUGAUAGAGAUGUUGUUGAAUUAAUCACAAUUGUAAGAACCUAUUUUCCUGAAUUUAACAAUAGCGAUAAGUGUAAAGAAGAUUAUAAGAAUAUGAUUAAAGAGAAUGGUAAUCUUUCAGAAAUAGUCCAAAAAUACAAAAAGGUUAUUCAUGUAGAUAAUCCACAAUUAGUUGGUUAUUGUAAAGAGAUAGCCGAAAUUUCUAGAGCAAAUUCGCGAGAAAAAAUAUUAGAUCAUCUAAGUGAUUGCAAUGAAAUUUAUUUUCCAAAACAGAAUGGAAUUUAUGAAAAAUUACGUAAAGAAAUUGAAGAUCUCAAAAAAAAAGCGGAAUAA